CAGCUGCUAUUUGCUGUGCGCUUUUAGUCCCCAAUAAUUUCACCAAGUCUUGGCAAGGAAAAUUCAUCUCUCCCGUAAAAUACAAGUGAAAUUAAUGGGGUAUUAAGGUCGGAAUAUCUCUUGCAAGUGUCUGAUCAGUGAACGCUCACACUCUACUCCUGCCCAGAUCAUCAUGGCUCUCAAUAUCGCACUGCCUCUGUCCGUGGACGAGUUCAUGGAUCAGCUGGACAUUCUCUCCUCCACCAUGUCGCCGGUGGCGGCCAACAUGGGGGGAAUGGAUUGCAGAGAUCGAGACCAGAUGAAGCUGCUCAUUUCGCCCAUAUCGAGUGAAUCGAGUGGAGUGAGUUCAAUGGGAUCUGAUGAAAUCAAGAAAUCUCCAGAGAAACAUACGUACCAAGACUGCAAAAUAAUGUACGGAGGACGCAAUAUAAUUGACAUGGGCUCAAAUUUGACGAAUGGAUCAUUUAAGAUUCGUUACACCGAGUUGCCUGAAAAUAACUUUUCGAUGUUCCUCAUGAAUCGCUCUCAGUACCACCGUUUGGGCGCUCAUGGGUGGAUUCAAGAGUACACAUUAAUACGCUGCAGUUGCUGCGGCCUCAUGAUACCUGAUCAACCAGAACUCGUGCCAACUCCUGGACCAAAUUCAAUCUGUCGCGCCAUAAUUGCCGCCCAAGCUAAGAUAACGGGCAGUAACACACCCAAUAAUACCAUUAAUGUCAACAACAACGAUUCACGCAUUUACUACGCCAGCAACAACAACAAUAACAACAACAACGGCAGUGCAAUGUCGAACGGACACAACGCCAUCAUUCGCAAUGGCUACUCGUAUCGGCCAAUGUAUGCCCAGAGUGCCAACAACAGCAUCAAGAACUACGGCUACAACUGCCAGGCAAUCAUCUGAGCGACAGGAAGCAGGACGAGAGAAGGUCUGUUAACCCCUUUAAUAUUAAGACACACAGCGAAGGGAGAUGAGCAGAAUUGACUGAUUAGCCGUGGAUGGGAAAGACGCGUGAUUUGACAGGGAGGCUUUUGUGCGUUGAAGCGCAGAACGAAUUUGAUAUGUCUCAAGAAAGUCCUUUUCUCCCCCCUCCAUUUCGUUCUUCCUCUCAUUCAUUAUUCUGUUUUUUUUUACUCAAACUUUUGUGUGGGCAGGAAGACAAGUUGUGACAAAAUCCUUAUAGAUUUAUAUAUUUAGCCAAUUGUGCGCUGUUCAAAUUGUACUUUCUCACUUCCCCUCGUCCCAACCCCCCAUUUGAUUAGGGGGAGGGAUGGAGGAAGAAGCUUGAUAGAAGAGAAACCCCACACAAAAAUAAACACGCACUUGAAAGCAUCUCCAAACGCACACACAGAGUGCCACCUGUUACUCGGGUAAUAUUUUUGUUACGUUGCAAAAGAUUAAAGUAAUUUAACUAUUAUUUAAUUAUUAUUAUCGAUUGAUUGCCUUCACCACCUCCGUUGUGCUUAUACUGUGUUCCUAUUAGAUAAUAUUUAUUGUAUUUUUAAUCUAACCUCAGAUGCUCAGUUGCGUCUCUUGCGUCAAUUGCACAUUAUUAUUAUUAUAAUUUUGGGCUGUUACGGUUGGAGAAGUAAAAAAAAAUACAAACAUUGCAUCCCCAAUUGUAAUAGUAAAUUAAGAGAGAGAAUAUUGUCAUUUUGUUUGUGGACACCUUCUAAAUAAUUGUGUUGAUAUUACAAUCAGAAAGUGAGCAGAAAAAGAGAAACAAAUAUUUUAGUGAGACAUUGUUCUGAUUAAAGGUUUCACACAGACAUUAAAUAAAUGAUAGUAGUUUUAAGGAAAAAAGUGAAAAAUUGCAAAAUCAACAAGACACAAGAGCAGAUGUUAUUUUAAUUAUUGUAAUUGUACAGAGAGAGAAAAAAUGCAAGAAUUAUAAAGUUCAGGUAUUGAGAAAAAGAACAAUCAUGGUCAUAAGCUCUUAAACUACAACUCAAAUAAACUAUAAAAACCACUUUUACACCAAAAAUUUCACCUUAUUAUUAUUGUUUUUGUCUAACCAUUCGAGCGUAAGACGGUUAGAAGGGAUUUGAUGAAAUAUGCAAAAGGGAUUUAGAGAGAAUACUUUUAAAAAAGAAGACCUACUUCAUGGAUACUCGAAAUACAAUCACGCUUACAAUUGUUUUUAUUCAUUGAUUUAUAUUUUUAUUUGUAGACGUUAAAACAAACAUAAUUCCCAUCUUUUAUUUGUAGUUAUAAUGUUUAGUCAAUUAUGUAUAUAUACAAAAAGAAGAAAAUGUUCAUUCGCAUGCCUACACAAGACACAGAGAGAAGAGAAGAAAUUGAACGAUUGAUAAAGUGAGAAAUUAUCUCUGAAAUUCUAUCGGAAAGUAUUUUGAUGUGGGGAAAAGUUGUAAGAGAAGCAGAAAUAUCAAUUUGACUAUUGUGAAGAUGAUUAUAUUAUUAGACGUGUAAGGAGACAAAACGUGGCAAUUUUACUAUAUGAUAAUAUACAGUUAUUCUAAAGAGAGAGAGAGAGAGAGAAAAAGCGGAAGAUAUAAGAUUUAAAGAUAAUCCAAACUUGUUGUGAAAUUUGUGCUUAUAGUUUAAUUAUGAUAUAACAUUUUACAAAAUAGUACGAUAGCAAUGAGUGAAAAUUUAUCUUUUAAGAUAAGAACCAUACAGUUUUAAAGUAAAAUUAAUGAAAAAAUAGGGAAAGAGCGGAAAAGAGAGUCUAAAAAGGGAAAAAAAAACCAUGUGAAAGAUUUUUUGAAACUAAUGCUUCCGUCAAAACUAUGCAUAAUCAGAGAUUGAUGAGAGAUAUUUGGAUCAAAAGAGUCUAUUUUGUUGAUAAAUUGAAUAUUUUUAUCACUUUCUGUGUGCAUUAAGAAUUCGAAGAGAAAGCUAAAACAAAUGGGUUAACCAAAUGACAUGAAUAUUCUUAUGAUUAUGAUGGUGAAAAUGGAGAAAUUCUAUGUGAAAAAAAAAUAUUUUUCUGUUGAGCAUUACACAUGGCAAUGUUUGCUUAUGCUGUUGUUUUUCAAAAUGUUUAGAAAGAAAGAGAGAGAAAAAAACCACCAACGCAUUGAAGAGCUUAAUUUAAUCACAAUAGUGAAGGAUAAGAAAUUACUUUUAAUUGCCAAUGUUUUCUUAUAUUUGUUAGUCAUUUAAACGAGUGUGUUUAUCAAUGAUGUGUUAACCUUAAGAGAUUGCAUAAAAUCUAUUCAUAAUAGAAGUGAAGGAGUUUCACGGAAAUCAUGUGUGUGAAUAGAGAAAAAGCAAUGAUCACAAGAGAAGGUGAAUAUCAAUUGAUAUUAAUAGCGCUUUAAACACUGACGAUGUAUCGACUAUUUAAUAUCUGAAGGGAAAAACAACAAUAUUUGUGUAAUGUAAUAUCAUAGUUUAAGUGAAGAGUGUAGAAUAAGUGAAUGUAGUUGGUAAUAUAUAUUUCUUGUGGAGAAGAACCACUCCAGCUAAGUGGAGAAAAACAGACCCAAACCAAGGCCCUACAAUUAGAGGAAAAUAACGAGGGAGGGAAAAUGAGGAAAGUGGAAAAACACGAAGCAAAGAUAAAUCUAGCAAUAGGUCACUCAUUUCCGUCUUUUUUUUUACUAACUUCACCCACAAACACACAAAACCUCGAAGUUAUAAUCUAAGCUGUUUUACACGAAUUUCUUCCACUUUUUUUUGUCUUGUUAAUGUUCCAAUGCCAGAAACAUAAUAACCAUAGUUCAUAGUUUUUCUUUCUUCUCUCCGUAUAGACGGAACAAGAGAGGAAGAAAAGAUGAUUCUAGAAUUUUAAUGAAGAUUUAUUAUGAAGAUGAAAGUUGCAAGAGAAGAAAAAAACUCUUUGAAAUCGUCCAAAAAAAAUUGUGUAUAAGUAACAUUUGCAGAGAAAAAAGAAACAUUAGUGAUUCCUUUGAUGUUUUCCAGAUACAACAAAAAAAAUAUGAGAUUUCUGUCGUGUAUUUAUACGUGAAAAAAAAUAGUUAAUAAUUGGGAUUUUUGAUGAAUAUGUCAAGUAAAAUUGAAAGAUUUCUUUUUUCUAUUCAUUGUAUGUUGCAUAAAAUAGUACAAACGUGUGCCUUAAUUUGUAAAAGUGAGAAUUAUUGAGUGCGCGAGUUCUUUAUUGAAGCAUCGCGCAGGAACAAUUGGAAAGAAAUUGUCGAAAAAGCAAAAUUUUAUAGAGAGAAAAUACAUGCAUAAGUAGAUUUUCUCUAUAGUUAAUCAUGAAUAGUCACAUUUUUUUUUCUUCUGGCAAAAUAUUUAAGCAGAUUUAUAUAUGCAUUAAAGGGAGGAUUAAAGAAAAGAACCAAUAGAUGAUAUGACUAAGAAAAUGAAGCUCUACUAAAGCAGAUAAUUUCAACAAUCGAAAAGAAAAGCAUAAACUAUGAAAUAAUUAUUGAUUCAACUAUCUCAAUAGCAGCAGUAUGAUGGAACUAUUUAAUCGUCUUGAAUGAAAUAUGAAAUCUAUGUAUUUUAAGUAUAUAAAUUUGAGACUGUUUUUUCCAAUGUGAUAAAUUACUGUAAUGUAAUAAAUAUUUUUGAAAAAU